CUUUUGACUUUUACUUUAAUAAUUGCUUGUACAAAUGCUAGACAGCUUAGAGGAUUCGAACUUUGAUUAUAUUUUAUUGGGAACUGGACUCAUCGAAUCGAUUUUAGCAGGAUCACUUGCUAGGACGGGUAAAAAGGUUCUUCACCUUGAUAGCCAUCCCUAUUAUGGCGGAAAUGGGUGCGUGUUUGGUUUUCGAGAAAUUGUUCAAUGGUAUUUAAGCCUAUGUAAACAGACGGGAAUUUGUGCGUCGACAGCAGAGACCGACUUCAGCAUAGAUUUCGAAAGGAACUAUAACUCAAAUUUUAGAAAUGUUCAAUUUAAAUUAAAUGGUACUCCACUUUCGACUUCGGAAAGAGAACUCAUUGAGAGCAAGUUGACAGGAGAGUCCACAACAGCAAAAGAGGAAUUCUAUCCAAAACCAAAUUCCCAGUCAGAUAGAGCAUUAUUUGAUGAGUUUUUUAGUGAUGUGACGAACACUGAAUUAUGUGAUAAGUUGGCCGAAAUGCGUCUUUUUGUCGAAUUGUUGCAAAAGUCUCGUUCCUAUAACUUAGAUACAACACCGAAACUGUUGGGAACGCGUGAGGAGUUAGUGGAGGUUUUGAUACGAAGUGGUGUAGGCAGAUAUUUAGAAUUCAAAACCGUCGACGAUAUUUACCUCAUGGAUCAUCAGUCAUAUGGGUUAAAAAAGGUGCCCAGUUCCAAGGAAGAUGUAUUCACCAGCAAGUCCGUCAGCUUGAUAGAAAAAAGAAAAUUGAUGAAGUUUCUAACUUUUGCAAUGGAAAACCCGAAAAAUGAUGUUGCAGAAGAUUCUGUUUUGAAAGGUGCGGAAGAUAUGAAUUUUGGACAAUUUUUGGAGGAAAAGUUUAGUUUAACAGGAAGAUUGAAGGAAGCGAUUAUAUAUGCUAUUGCACUUGUAGAUGCUAGAGCCUCGGUUAAGGACGGUUUGGAAAAAACACACCAGCUCAUGCGAUCUAUGGGACGUUUUGGUAAAGGUGCUUAUCUCUGUCCUCUAUAUGGUGGGUGCAGCGAAAUUGCUCAAGCAUUCUGCAGAGUAUGCGCCGUUUACGGUGGGGUUUAUAUUUUAGGCCAAGCGCUUGAUAGAUAUGUCAUUGAGAGUGGUACAAAUUUAUGCAAGGGAGUUGUUACAAAAGAAGGGCAGACUUAUUAUUGUGAGAAGCUUAUCUCGGGUAUAGACUAUUUAGCCGCAGCAUGGUUACCGCGAAAAGAAGAUUUGGGUACGUGGAUAGCGCGGGCAAUUAUAGUGACAAAUAAACCAAUUCGCUUGAAGACAGUAGAUGAGCCUGAGUCAAUUGAUACGCUGGCUUACAGCGUGAUUGCUCCUGGCAGCUUAGAAGGAAAUAUUGAUGAGCCAAUUUUUAUCAUUCACCAAAAUGAAGAAAGUAUGGCAUGUCCCAAAGGAGAGUACGUGACGUAUUUGUGGACAGCAUCAAAAAAGGAAGAAAUAUUGCAAGGUGCAGUCACUGCACUUCUUGGUAAAGGCAAUGAACAAAUGGCGACCGUUGAUAAAGCCGAAGUUGGCAACGCUGAAAUGCAGAGAAACAACGAAAAUGCUUCCACUGUGUUGUUCAGCGUGUACUUUGAACAACGUAUUCGUAGUAUUAGAGAUUUAGAAGGUCGAUGGAAUCUUCCCGAUAAUGUGAUACCGUCUAGUGAUCCUGACACGACCUUGGAUUUCACAACAGCGACGAAAGAAGCUUAUCAAACAUUUUUAAAUUGUGAGCCUUCUGAUACUGCUGAAUUUAUGCCUGCUUAUGAACAGGAACCUGGGGAUGAUGAUUUUUGAAUAUUACAACAUAAAUCUUACACUGUAAUAAAUACUCAUUUUCAUCAUUAAGAAUAUUUUAGCUUA